UCUGCUCCCUGAAUUAAUUUUAAGGGUAUAAAUAGGAAGAAAAUUUAUUCGUUUUGGCACAGUAGUGAUCAGUCCCAUCUUAAAAGCUACUAAAAUGUCGAAACUUGUGUUCACAUUGGCUCUUUGCUGCAUUUUGGUGGCCCAGAUCCUGGCUCAGGAUGCUUCGGGUCGCCGUUUCUGCGAUCGUUUAUUCGACGACUGUCGUCGCGAGGAAUCCAAGGUGGGAACUGAGGACGACACCGUUGGGCUCUUCAACGCCUACUGCGGACGACACGACCGGAACUGGAAGAGGAUAACCCGAUGCGAACUGGUCCGGGCCUCGUGCAUUUUGACCAUGGUUCGCUGUGACAACGGGACUUGCAAAAAUGUGGCCGAAAGCCUUCGACCUAAUUAAGGAAAUCCUUCUAUUUUCUCCCAGAACCAAGCCAAUAUUGUCAGCCAAAAAUUAUAUAAAGAUAUUCUGAAUCCCAAUAAUACAAAGUGUUUAAGCUAU